ACCGAAAUCAGAGGAAGAAAGUCAUCAGGGGAACAAAAUCUUUCUGAACGAACGAGGGCCAUGCAGCAGAAAGGUCUAUUUUAAUGUAAGGGCGGUCGUUCCUGCUUCACUGGACUUGUUCAUCUUUGACUACUUUCUGGAAAUUCGUUUUCUGGCGUAACCUAUGGGCGUAACGUGUACCCGAACGCGACUUAACUAUCAAAGCACUGGUUGUUUGACUGGUGGAUUUUUCGGUGUGUUAGUGGUGUUUAACGAAGAUGGAAGAGGGAAAAAGCAUCGGUUCCUUGACUGAACAAGUGCUGAACAGGCUGUCAAAGAUGUUGGACAACUCCACCUGUGGAUGGAGGCAGCUGGCAAACGCUGUGUCUGAGCAGCCGAGAUUCCGCUGCAGUGAGAGCGAGCUGACCUGCUGCUCCCUCCAGGUGCUGAGCGCUGCAGGCAGCCCGGGACGCACUCUCCUCGCUCGGCUAGCCGAUCGCUCCUGCUCCCUGGACUUCCUGCUGCACUGCCUGAGGAAGAUAGACCACCAGGAAGCUGUGCACUACCUCACCUACACAGAGGCAGAGCUGAUCCAGAUCACAGUGCAGCCACAGACCCAGCAGGCCACAGUGGGGGGGCGGGUGGUGUUGACCUGCAGAGCCAGCGGCCCCCCGGGACUCAGCUACCAGUGGUUCAGAGGCAAAGAGGAGGUCAGUUAA